AUGGCAGCAUAUUUUAAGCUCUGGAUCAUCAGCAGCUUGCUCGGGCUCACUUCAUCAGACCUCCAAGCCAAACGCUCCCCUUCCUUCGAACGAAAAAUCGGAGCAGCACCAACUCCCACAAUAGACCUCUCUUUAAUGCCCGCCUGCGUCCAAGGAAGCUGUAUCAGCCCAUCUGCGAAACCAAUAAACUGCCCAACAGUUCCAGCACCCUGUCCCUCAGACGCAACGAACACAACUUGCGUGACCUACCCACAGGACUGUUACUGCAAACAGACAAUUCCCUUAGCCUGCGCCUGGUCGUGUAGCUGGUGGAACUGGCUCCUUGCAGAAGACUGGUUUGCGCGUCCCGAUGUUUGCGCCUCUGCACCGAAUAUCACUUUCGACGCUCUCCCACCGUGCGCGAAAGACUGUAUAUGGCAGAGUAGUUUUGACUACGGCUGUAUCACGCAUACGAAGAACUGUUUCUGUACGCACGGCUCGCUGUACGGAUGCGAUCGGAAAUGCAAAGCUGUUGCAGAUAAUGGUCCCGGUGGUAAAGUGGCGAGCUGGUUUGCGGAGCAGUGCAGUGUUACUAUAGAAGUGGCGAAUAAUGCGUUGAUGGGGAGUUCGUUUGAAGAAGCGAGAGAUCCGCCGUGGAAGAAGUUGAAGGGACAUAAGUUGAGGUGGUAUGAGAUUAUGGCACUUACGGUUGCAGCUGCGACGAGUGUUAUGUUGGUUGCGGUUUGGGGGCUGUUAAAUGUCGAGAAGGCUGCGAAAGAGAGGAAUAGGCCGAGGAGGACAAGGGGUACUACCAGCAACCAGAAUUCUAAGGUGGUUUUUGAAAAGAUGCCAGGAGAUCGCGGCCCUGCUGAGGAUCCCAAGAACUUGAAAGACAAGCUCAAAAAAAUUGAUAGGGGGUUAAGAUCGCGAAUUGAGCGAGUAAUAAAAGAGGAUCCGGGCCAAAAUCAACAAGGAAACACACCUACAGAUGGAGAAAAAUAA